UACGUCAAGUGAAAAUCAUGUUAAAUAUUAGUCAUCGCGUGCUAUGGAGUUUUUGCUCUUAUCUAUAGUAUAUAAAUGGUUGGAAGGAAGCACGCAGCAUCACCAGUUCUUAGCAUCCUAUCAGAGGAAUAACGUCUCCCAAAGUCUCAACAUGAAAACAUUCGUCGCUCUUUGCCUGUUAUCCGUGGUGGCCGUCACCCUGGCCCGCCCUGAUCACUACACCGACCGCUACGACAAUGUCAAUUUAGACGAGAUCCUCGACAACCAUCGCGUGUUGGUCCCCUACAUUAAGUGCAUCUUGGACCAAGGAAAAUGCGCCCCAGAUGCCAAGGAACUUAAAGAACAUAUCAGAGAAGCUCUGGAAACAGAGUGCAGUAAAUGCACGAACGCCCAAAAGAAUGGAACUCGCCGCGUCAUCCAGCACCUGAUCAACCACGAGCCCGAGUACUGGCAGGAGCUUGGAGACAAAUACGACCCUGAGAGGAAGUACACUGUCAAAUAUGAGAAGGAACUGCGCGAAAUUAAAGCAUAAGGACUGUGAUUCUUUUUUUUUAAUUAAUGUAUUCUAUUUUUAAAUAAAUGUGUCUUUUUUUUAAA